CGAAUUGACCAAUCAGUUUACCACUUGGCUGUUUGUUUGAGCUUAUCGCGGGGCUGGGGCAAGACCGUUUUAUAUCUUUGGUAUUAAUUCUGCGGUCAAGAUUCAUCAUAUGUUUCACAUGGACGGCUAUGAUGAGGUUUCUUCAACUCAUAGCUCAUCUCUGUUGGUAACAUAUUAAAAAAAUGAAUUAGACCCCUUAUAAGCAAAGAAAAUUAGUAUAGGAGCCAUCGGUAGCAAGGACAAGAAGAGCCAUGGUAUUGAAACUCGUGUUUCUCAUUUCUCUCUUAGUUACCCUAGCAAAUUCCCAUGAUUUCAGUGUUACCUACAAUGGCUUCAGAUCCACUGAUCUCAACCUUGAUGGUAUAGCUGCAAUCACCCCUAGUGGUCUUUUAAGGCUUACUAAUAAUACCAAACAGGAAAAAGGGCAUGCCUUUUAUCCGAACCCAAUAGAAUUCAAGAAUUCCCCAAAUGGGUCUGCUUUCUCUUUCUCUACUACCUUUGUUUUUGCUAUUGUAUCCGAAUUUCCAACUCUUAGCGGCCAUGGAAUUGCUUUCGUGAUUUCACCAACUAGAGGCCGUCCUGGAUCUCUUCAAAGCCAGUAUCUUGGUCUGUUCAACGAAUCCAAUGACGGUAAUGAUACUAAUCAUGUUCUUGCAGUGGAGCUUGACACAAUCACCAGCAAUGAAUUCGGUGAUAUCAAUGAUAAUCAUGUGGGUAUUGAUAUUAAUGGGUUAAGAUCUAAAUUAGCUGCUCCGGCUGGGUAUUAUGCUAAUUCUGGAGGUAAGUUUACUAAUUUAACUCUAAUUAGUGGCCAGCCAAUGGAAAUUUGGGUUGAUUAUGAUGGUUUAGAUAAGAAAAUUAAUGUCACUUUAGCCCCAAUUAACUUGGUUAAACCCAAUUCUCCACUUUUGUCUUUACAUUAUGAUUUGUCGCCAGUUUUGCAAGAUUCCAUGUUUGUUGGUUUCUCAUCAUCUACUGGUUCUGUUCUAACAUCUCAUUACGUAUUGGGUUGGAGUUAUAAAAUGAAUGGGCAAGCUCAAGCUCUAAAUCUUUCUCAACUUCCAAAGCUUCCAAGAAUUGGACCUAAAAAAAGAUCAAAAUUUUUAACCAUUGGCGUGCCUAUAAUUGCUUUAAGUUUGGUUUUGAUAGCAAUUUUAGGUGUGGUUUAUUUCAUAAGAAGGAAAAAGAAGUUUGCAGAAGUUCUGGAAGACUGGGAACUUGAUUAUGGGCCUCAUAGAUUCAAAUACAAAGAUUUGUAUAUUUCCACUAAAGGAUUUAGGGAAAAAGAAUUAUUGGGUAGUGGUGGAUUUGGUAGGGUCUAUAGAGGAGUGUUACCAAGUUCAAAGAUUGAAAUUGCAGUAAAAAAAGUGUCUCAUCAAACAAGACAAGGAAUGAAGGUGUUUGUAGCUGAAAUUGUUAGCAUUGGCAGGCUUCGCCACAGGAACUUAGUCAGUCUUUUAGGGUAUUGCAGGCGAAAAGACGAAUUACUGCUGGUUUAUGACUAUAUGCCUAAUGGAAGUCUUGAUAGGUAUAUUUAUAAUCAACCAAAGGUAACUCUAAGUUGGAGUCAAAGAUUUAGAGUUAUUAAAGGUGUAGCAGCAGGGCUAUUUUAUUUGCAUGAAGAAUGGGAACAAGUUGUUAUUCACAGAGAUGUUAAAGCUAGUAAUGUGUUAUUAGAUGGUGAAUUAAAUGGAAGAUUGGGAGAUUUUGGGCUUGCAAGAUUAUAUGAUCACGGAACAGAUCCUCAAACAACUCAUGUUGUUGGUACACUUGGUUAUCUUGCACCUGAGCACACUAGAACAGGGAAAGCUACAACAAAAACUGAUGUUUUUGCUUUUGGAGCAUUUAUGCUUGAGGUUUGUUGUGGUAAAAGGCCAAUAGAGAGAAUGGAGGAUGAAGAAGAUAUAAUUUUGCUUGAUUGGGUGUUUUCUUAUUGGGUUAGAGGUGAAAUUAUUGACGCUAGAGAUACAAAUUUGGGUGCAGAGUAUGUGGAAGAAGAAGUUGAGUUGGUUUUAAAACUUGGUUUGUUAUGCUCUCAUGUAGACCCUGAAGUGAGGCCAAGUAUGCGCCAAGUUGUGAGGUUUUUAGAAAGGGAAAUUCCUGUACCGGAGCUAUCAUCGGUUGGCGUCUCGGCGUGUGGACUGUCCUUUAGAUAUCGUGAAGGUUUUGAUGAUUUUGUUAUAUCUUGUCCGACUUCGAUGGAUAAGGCUUUCUCACGUUCAUCUUCUGUAGCAGAGUCUCUUCUUUCCGGAGGACGCUGAUUUUUUUUGUUUUUUUUCCUUUUUUCCUGUGUACUUGUUGAUAAUAGAGUUGUUAUUUACUUAUUUAUUUUUUCGAAAAUGGUUACAAUUGACUUAUAAUAAUAAAAUAAUAGUGGGUUGGAUAAAUGUUUAGGAUA